GGACAGCGCCCGGCCCGGGGCUCCUGCGCUGACACGCUCAUUCUGACACACACUCCGCUGCGCAAUGGCAGAGUCCCACCUGCAGUCGUCCCUCAUCUCAGCCUCACAGUUUUUCGAAAUCUGGCUUCACUUCGAUGCUGACGGAAGUGGGUACCUGGAAGGGAAGGAGCUGCAGAACCUGAUCCAGGAGUUGCAGCUGGCACGGAAGAAGGCCGGGCUGGAGUUAUCACCUGAGAUGAAAACUUUUGUGGAUCAGUAUGCGCAGAGAGAUGAUGGAAAAAUAGGAAUUGUAGAGUUGGCUCAUGUGUUACCCACAGAAGAGAACUUCUUGCUUUUGUUCAGAUGCCAGCAGCUGAAGUCCUGUGAGGAGUUCAUGAAGACAUGGAGAAAGUAUGACACUGACCACAGUGGCUUCAUAGAAACAGAGGAGCUGAAGAACUUUCUGAAAGACCUGCUAGAAAAAGCAAACAAGACUGUUGAUGAUACAAAACUGGCUGAGUAUACAGACCUAAUGCUGAAAUUAUUUGAUACAAAUAAUGACGGGAAGUUGGAAUUAACUGAGAUGGCCAGAUUAUUACCAGUGCAAGAGAAUUUUCUCCUUAAAUUUCAGGGAGUCAAAAUGUGUGGGAAGGAGUUCAAUAAAGCUUUUGAGUUAUAUGAUCAGGAUGGCAAUGGAUAUAUAGAUGAAAACGAACUGGAUGCUUUAUUGAGGGAUCUGUGUGAGAAGAACAAACAGGAUCUGGACAGUAACAAUAUCCCCACCUAUAAGAAGAGCAUCAUGGCCUUGUCAGAUGGAGGGAAGCUGUACCGGACUGACCUCGCCCUCAUUCUCUGUGCUGAGGACAACUAG